AGAAAUGCUUAUAUGACCUCUUCUGUCUUCCAGCUCCUCCGUCUACUUUUAGAAACAGAGAAGCCUCCCCUGUUUCCAUUAUAUUCUGCUCCACAACUCUCUUCUUCCGCUCUCACCAAGGAGAACAAAGCAGGAAAACGACAAUGGGGGAGUCCUUCCUCACCGGAGAAGGCCUCUCCAAAGUCCCUCGCAUCGUCUCCACCAUUUCCACUCUCCUCCAGCGCGUCACUGAUCAGAACGAUGCACUAGCUUCCAGCCGCUGCCAACUCCCUCCGUCACCACCGCCGCCUCGCUAUGCUGUGGCUUUCUACGCCCUCGAGAAGCCAGAAAUAACGAUCAGAUGCUAUCUUGACCGCAUCUUCCAGUUCGCUCACUGCAGCCCUUCAUGCUACGUCGUUGCCUACAUCUACCUAGAUCGCUUCCUUAAUUUUCAUCCUUCAAUCGCUAUUGAUUCCUUCAGUGUUCAUCGAUUUCUCAUCACAGCCGUUCUUACUUCUGUCAAGUUCAUGGAGGAUCGAUGUUACAACAAUGCAUAUUUUGCAAGGGUGGGAGGGAUCAGUCUGGAUGAGAUGAACUAUUUGGAGGUAGAUUUCUUGUUCGGGUUGCGAUUCAACCUGAAUGUUACGCCAGUCAUCUUCAGUUCUUACUGUUCUUUUCUAGACAAGGAGAUGAAUCUGGCUACCCCUACAAUUCCCCCCAGAUUGCAUUGUUUUCCUUCUGAAGAAGAGUCGAGUAGCAGCUGCAAGCAGCAGCAGCUCAUUGUGUGAGAACUGCCUUCUUUUUGCUCAUAUAUGAAUAGAGAGUUUAGUUUGUAGAAUAUUCUAGCAAAGAUAAAAGCAUGAAACUACUGUAAUUCCCCCUCUUUUUUUGGAUUUUGUGCUUUGUUUAGGUCUGAAAACUGUUAGGUUGGUUGAACACACUGCUAUAAUAGUUUGCUUUUUUUGAA